AUGAAUUUUAAUUUAAAGCUUUGUCCAAUUAUUGGUGAUGUAGACACAAAUAAAUUAAUUCACUUAUUUUUCGCUAAAGGAAAACGAUGGAAACGACUUCGUUCAAUUGCAAAUCCGGCAUUUUCAAUUUCUAAUUUAAAAAGAGUAAUGCCAAUAAUUGAUGAUUCUAUUAAAAUAAAUAUUAAUUUAUUAAAAGAAGCAUCAAAAGGAAAAUUUGUUGAUUUACAUGAGUGA